CGCACACAGGCCGCGGAGCGGCAGUUUCUCGGAUAACAAUGGCCGCGGCGAAAAGACCAACUACCGAAGAAGCGGUGGCUCCGCUGGUGGAGGUCAUGGGGGAACUGGAGCAACAGUCGCCUCUUCCUGACAGCGGGUGCGUGCAGCAACACCAACAGCCGCCGGGCUUCGCAGCAGUGGAAGGAGUGCCCGUGGCCCGCGCUACCAUGCGGCCUUUCGCGUACGUGGGCGUCCCCAUUGACGACGACAACCACAACGAGCUGCGGCGGCCCUCUACCGCCGCAGCGAGCUACGACAAUUCCCGCGCUGGGGCGGGCAGAGUCCACGGCGACGUGAGCGUGGGGGUGGGGGCGGAUUACGACGGGGCGGCGGAAGCCGCCAAAGCAAGCGCCAGGAGAGACAACGCGGCGUUCUUCGAGAAAAAAAGGUUCACAGAGGCGCAAGCGAAAUCGCGAGUGGAAGAGGACCUCCGGGCGAUCGAGACUGCGCGCAUCAACGCCAAGCGACGGGACGCGGAAGGACUCGACAUGCGCCCUCACCCGGGCAACCGCCUCGAGCCCGAAGACGCGACUCCGCUUGGAGAGAAGGAGCGGGACUACGGAGCGGGUGGCGGGGGUUAUGGCGGCGGUGUGCAAGAAUCGAGCGGGAAGGAAGCGGCGGCGGUAGGGGAGGAGUCGGCAGCUGGGAAGGGCUGUGAGCAGGAGGCAUCGGGUGGAGGGUACCAGUUCUCCGAGUACGUGCCAGCGGAGUAUGACAUCCCAGACUACAAGUCCGUUUACGAGAGGCCCUCUGGGAAAUAGGGUGGGAAAGGGAUCGAACGUCUGUUCCGGGAGGGGGGGAUUACAAGUUGCUGUGGCCGUAUGGGUACACGGUAGAGUGCUUGAACCCCGCCCACCCCACCCCCCAAUGGGGUCUAGCGAUACAUGUUUGCAGCUCUUGAGUUCUCCUGACACUGGAAGGACUUGCCGUUACAGGAAUCUCAUGAUUUUCUUAUGGGCGGUUGAAGUCUGGGUUGGUGGAGAACUACUUUGUACCCUUUUUGUGCUUUGUCUACCUGGCGUCCGCGUAGUAAAUGCAUGGUUCGUAUCUGUCCACCGGAGAGAGGAUGGUUUUUUCAUCAAGAGGUAGCGAUGGCACCGUCGCCGAUGAUCACGACCGUACGUACGGUCAGCGAACGUGGUUUUGCGGUAAGGGAUUCCACCUUUGCUGGUAUCCGGACAUUAUCGGUUGAAGUCAGACAGAUCGUUCGUGCCUUGUAGAUACGGUAGAUAUUUUGGGAGGUGCAUGUUUCAAGUUUCGAAAGGUUGAUCUGUGAGGGUGGAGGUGAGGGUCUCGUGUGUGGCAUCGCCUUCAUCGGGCGGACAGUGACCCUUGUCCUUGUGGUCGUUGUGUCGAAUUUUCACGUGGAAAGCCGGGGUAGGAUUAGUGUGCCGUUGAAACCGUGUGGCGCGAACUGGAGAUACUAAUCGUGUUCGCUAUCCACGUAUGCGUAGGCGUGGCGCAAGCAUGGCAUUUGAGCGAGGCCCGCUUCCAAGCGUGGGUGCGUAAUGUAGCUUUGUUCCUUUUGGGUUUCCGUGUGUGGUUGGGUGUAUGUUGUGCAUGUGAGUGCGAGUGAACGUGCAGAAUCGGCUCCCGACGGAGUUUGGGCUUGUUCGUCCACAAGUUUUUAAGUCAAGUGUAUACACGAGAGAGGUAGCGAGUGAGAGAGCUACCCGCUUCCGGUUAUUCAUGGUAUUGUACAACAGAAUUAUCUGGUGGUCGGUUUCUCCUGAAUUUUCCCUGCACGCAUACGUGUAGGUAAGACAGGUAAGGCGUGGCGCCGCGUGUUACCUUUUUUAACGGCAGCUGGUGGGUCAAACAUCAAAUAGAUUGCCAUGUGCCCCCGGCUGCUUCCCC